ACCGGCGACAGCUCAGCCGUUAUCAGCGCAGGCUAGACUUGUCCCCUCUGGAGAGGCAGGCCAGUCCUGUCGCUGCUCAGUUCAAGAAUCUGGACCUGACCACUAAGAAAAUGAUCCACGAAGGACCGUUGACUUGGAAAGUUAGUAAAGAUAAAGCUAUCGACAUUCAUGCUCUGCUUCUCUCAGACAUGUUGGUGCUACUCCAAAGGGGUUCAGGUGACCGUUUGAUCUUGCGAUGUCCAGUGCGCUCACUGGGUGGGGUUUGGGGUAGGAACACGGACCUCAAAACCCCCUUUUGCCCCGUUGUUCGCUUGGAUUCAUCUCUUGUCAGAUCUGUGGCUACAGAUAACAAGGCCUUGUAUGUGAUCAGUACAUCAGAGAGACAGAUAUACGAGCUGGUGGCUGGGACUUCCUCUGAGAAAAACACAUGGAAGAACCUGUUAGAAAAGACCAUCUCCUCGGCCUCUGGAGGCAGUGAAGCCACCAAGCAAGGAUCAACAGCUAUCCCAACUGACCAAUCAGAAGCCUACAUGCAUACUGGUGGGCAGGGUUAUGUGGGAGGACGAGCUAAAAUGGCUGAUGCUGCUCUUCAAGAUGUCAGGACACUAAGACUGUUGAUCCUUGGAUCCUUGGAUCCUUUAGAGGCUGCCAGUCAGAAGCAGAAAGUGACAUCAUUGUCCUCACAGCAAGAAGGGCAGGAGAUGCCUUGCCAGUCACCAAAAGGCCGUUCACACCUGGAGAUGCUGAGGCAUGAAACGAGGCCCUGCCAAUCACGAGCAAGCAUACGGCAGCGCAUGAUAAAAAAUGUGGAUGGAAUCUUUCAAUCAAUGAAGGGGCUGAUGAAAAACCUGCAUCAGCUUAGGGAGAUUGAAGCAGACCACUGUAGACUGCUCACAAUGGUGAGAAAAAUGUCACCUGUCAGUCAGUUCAGAUGA